AUGUCUUACAAAUUAUUAUUAUUAUUAUUAUUAUUAUUAUUAUUAUUAUUAUUAUUAUUAUUAUUAUUAUUAUUAUUAUUAUUAUUAUUAUUAUUAUUAUUAUUAUUAUUAUUAUUAUUAUUAUUACAUUUAAGACAUCUUACAUCUUUUUUUAAUUUCGAAUUUUUUUUUGGCGCAGAUCACGAACGUAACCUCACGCGAACCAUCGUACCAUCGUACCAAAGUUUGAUUAUUGAUCGAUUCCUACGACGUGGCGCUGUGCAUUCCACGACAGAUCCCGAUUCGAAAUCGGGACCAUAA